AUGUCUCGUAAUAGAUGCGACGGAUUAUUAGCCCGAGUAGAUUUUCCUCUCUACACCCUUCAAACGCUUACAAAUAGACAUGUAAUCGUAGCAGGUGGUGGAGGUGCUUCAAAUACGGGUGUGCAUAAUGGAUUCGAAAUAUUUGAGCUCUCGCACAAUGGAACCAGAUUUGUGGCUGAAGAGGUGAUGCGACAUGAAACUGGCCCAAAUGUAGUGAUGACCUGUGCUGUGCGCAACCUACAGAACCGGACAUACUUGACAGCGGGUCAGGAGAGUCACUGCCAGUUAUAUAAAAUAAAUAUGAAAAUGGUUGAUGCAGCUGAAAUGAGGAGAGGUAGUUUUCGUGCUGAAAAUGGACUUGUGAGAAGAAGAAGACGUACGGUUUCUGAAAAUGACAAUAUCUCAAAGACAGACCGAAAUAGCAAUACUAUGGAGAAAAGAAUAUCAUUUGAAAUAAGGCCCUGUGAUAGUGUACAAACAGAUUUCAGUGACGACCCCUUGUUACGUGUGGUGAGGGUCAGUCAUAAUGGCAAGUUGAUGGCAACUGGUGGCUUUGACACAAAAGUGAGGGUUUGGUCAUUCCCUAAAAUGGAACUGCUAUAUGUUCUGGAAGGUCAUUCUAAAGAGCUUGACGAUUUGGACUUUAGCCCGUGUGACAAGCAGCUAGUGAGUAUAGGCAAAGACGGGCAGGCGCUGGUGUGGUCCAUGACUGGUGCGCGGGAGCCGCUAUUAAAGAUCACUUGCCAACCGCCCAAUGGAAACAAAUAUCUCUUCCGAAGGUGUAGGUUCGGCAUGGUGGAGGACAGAGAGGGCGAGCACCGCAUGUUCAGUAUCGCGAACCCCCUGUCGCGGUCGGGGCGGCAGCGCGGGCUGCUGCAGGCGUGGGACAGCGCGGGGCGGCUCGUGCGCGUGCGCGCCGCGGGGGAGGCGCUGUCCGCGCUCGCCGUGCGCGACGACGGCCGCUACGUGGGCGUCGGCACCAUGUACAGCGGCUCCGUCGAUAUAUACGUCGCCUUCAGUCUGCAGCGGGUGCUCCACGUGAAGAACGCCCACAUGAUGUUCGUGACGGGCCUGGAGUUCCUGCCGGUGCGGGGCCGCGGGCCCGGCCUGCACAGCCGCUCGGACGCCGCGCUCCUCUCCAUCUCCGUCGACAACUGCCUCUGCGUGCACAGCCUGCCGCCGCGCAGUACCGUACCUGCCUGGGUUGCCAUCAUCCUAAUUGUUUUCGUACUAUUCUGUACCUUUAGUUUAUGUUCAUAUCUGGGCAUAUAA